AGAACUUUUUGGGUGGGCUGGGUUUUUUUCUUGUUGUGUGGGGUGGGGUGGGGUAUCGCGACAGUAUAAUUGCUCUUCUUGUUAGGUUUCUUAAAGGACAUCAAUGGUUGUAAGUUUGGUUUCCUCGAUUUGCUUUUUAAUGUCGCAUAUAAAGCAUGAGUUUGCUGAGAUCAGUUACCAGAAAAGGUGUGUUUGGUGCACGUUGGUUAUUCUUAUAUAGUCACAAAUCCGAUCCCAGAGUUCUCUUAAGACCGUACGUUGUCAACGAACGAAAAAUCUGUGGUACCCAAAUCGAGAAAUCGAAGGUUGGACCUGAAAAUUCUUGGUUUUGGAGUGAAAAAAUCAAUGAUGUGGAAGUAGUCAGGUUGGUGUCUGAAUUAUUGAGAAGGGGGGAUGAUUGGGAUUGGCUGAGCGGUAAACUGGAUCACAUCCGACUAACGGAUUCGAUUGUUGAAGACAUAUUGCUUCAGCUGAAGGAGCCCUCGGAUGCAAAGAAAGGGCUUAGUUUUUUCCAUUGGUCAUCAGUAAGGAAAAAAUUUGAUCACAGUGUCCGGUCGUACUGUAUUCUAGCUCAGAUCCUUUUUCAUGCACGGUUAGAUACUCAUGCUAAGGUGAUGCUGGAAUCGGCAGCGAGAAAGAAUUCGUACCGUGAAUCACCGUUUAGAUUAGAGGAGUCUUUGUUAAGUACAUAUGCCGUUACUUGCUCUAGCCCCCAGCUCUUUGACCAUUUGAUACAGACAUAUGCCAAAUUGAGGAUGUUCCACGAGGCCAUCUCUAGCUAUCAUUACUUGCAGGAGCACGGUUUCUUGCCCAGUAUAGCUACUUGGAACAUGUUGCUUAAUGUUGUCCAAAGAUCUGACAAGAAUCUCCUAAUAUGGAGAAUUUACGAGGAUAUGAUCACAAAGAAAACAUUUCCAAACGCUGUGACUUCCAGGAUUAUGGUUGAUGCAAUGUGCAAACAAGGGUUGCUGCAGAAAACAAUUGAUUUACUUGACAAAAUUUCCAGCAAAAGAUGCCUUCCUGGAGUAAUUGUUAAUAGUGCAUUGAUUGUUCGGAUGAUUGAAGAUGAUCGUGUGGAUGAAGGAAUUUUGUUGCUAAAAAGAAUGUACCGUAAGAAUAUGGUCACUGAUAACGUCACAUAUUCUCUAAUCAUUUUUGGCCUAUGCAAGCUGGGAAUCAUGGAACAUGCUCUUGCAAUGCAUGAUGAAAUGCUCAAGAGAGGAUAUCCUGCAAACUCAUUGACCUAUACCUCAUUAAUUGGUGUCCACUGUAAGGAUGGAAGAUUUCAAGAAUUUGAUCAGUUGGUGCAGGAAAUGGUAAAACAGGGGUUAGUGCCAUAUAAUGAAACCUAUAAUUUUUUAAUAGAAGGGUGCUGCAGAGCAGGGAAAUUGGGGUAUGCUACAAGAUUCUACCAAGAAAUGCUUCAAAGGGGCUUGUUACCAAGUACACAUGCUUUCAAUCAACUCCUUGAAGAGAUCUGUGAAGCGGGAGAUGUUGAUAAGGCCAAUGACAUUCUGACUACUGCACUGGAAAAGGGACUUUUACCUGAUGAGGUGACAUAUGCUCACCUUAUUGAUGCAUAUUCUAAGAUGGACAAUGUUCAGGAAGUUCUCAAACUGUACCAUGAAAUGGAAUAUCGAGGGCCUGCUCCAGGAUUAUUGACUCACAGUUUGCUUGUGAGGAGUUUAUGCAGAUGCAAGCAGUAUGACAAAGCAGAGAAAAUUUUAAGUGCUAUGAAAGAGAAAAGUUUGAUUCCAUCUACUUAUAUUUACAACUGUAUCAUAGAAGGUUUGUGCAUGUCAAAUAACACAGGAAAAGCAUUCCAACUCUAUGAUGAAAUGAGAACAACGGGAGCCAAGCCUAAUUCUCAUACUUUUGCUGUUCUAGUUGAAGGAAUGCAUAGAUUCUAUACUCUUCAGACUCCAGAAGAUGCUAUAGAUAACUUAUCUUCUGCUUUUAAUUAGCAUGUCCAGCUGUACAGAUUCCUGUCUAGCUUACACAUAACUAUAAUAUGAAGUUGACUUUCUCGGUCCACAGGUCUUUGUUCCAAGGUUAAGGAUGAAGGCUGUCUGGCGGCGUCUGCAUAAACAUGACUAUCUCACCAAAUAUUUUGUCUGUUGAGCUCUUUUGUCUUCUACACCCAAGGGCUAUUGAUAGAUGUUCGUCUCAAAUUGUUGCAUCUAUAAAACAUUGUGGCUGUAAUGUUGAUCAAGCAACUUCCUUCUUUGCCUUUAGUUGAUUACUUGUUUUGGCAUGUCUGCUACAAGGUUAGCUGACCCUAACCUAUAACAACAAGAGGCAGCCUGUAUUAAGUGUGCAGUUGAACUGCUAUUUCCUUCUAGGUCUGUGUCCGUAUGUGUGUGGCAAUACACAUCUGCUUGUGUGAUUGUUGGAGGACAAGGGAGGGUUGGUGUUUUAUCUAACUCUAAAGAAGUUAAAAGCCAGUUAACAUGAAAGGCCAGAACAUUCUUAAAAGAAAGUGAACUCUUUUAGUUGUUUUUUGAAGUGAAAAAGUUCUUUUCUUUGCUUUGAUCUCAACUGGCAAUGAGGACACAAAGGCCGGACUUACAGCUGCUCUGGUUACAAACCUGUUGGUAGUAGAAUGAUGUGGCACUUUGUGAGGUGUAACUGAGUCAGUGGAGACAAAAUUGAGCUAUCAAUGUAAGCUCACCUUUUAAAUUGUUUGUGAGCACUUUACCUGAUUGCCUUUAAGAAAAGAUUCACUUAAUUAAUCUCCAAAUAUUUUAGAACUUAUGUUGCUGAGAAAUCAUCUAUUUAGCAAGUUUCAUUGAAGAUUUGAAGGCUUCUUCUUCUUUUUCUUCUUCCAAGACCUCAUUUAAUUGCAGGGGAAAAAGUCAGCAAAAACUAUUUUCUCCUUUUUUUGAUGUCCUGCAUGUUGAAUCAAAACAAGGAAGAAUUUUGUGAUGAAGAUUUCAAUUCCCUGAAAUCUGAUCACUGUAUAGGUUCCUGCCCUCUGAGUUCACACCUUCCUGCUUCACUAAUUAGCCACUUAGCUGCUGCUGCGGAACUCCUCCUCUGAUCGUAGUUAUGUCAAGGUCUCUCUCUCUCUCUCUCUCUCUUCCCCUGUUUGUGUCUGUUCUCCAGUUCCAUGGAAUUAGUCAUGACGCUGGGCCGUCCAAUGCCAAGGACAUAUCUAAACCUUAAGGAAUGUCAUCUCAUGAAGAGUUCAGGUCUGAAAGUACGUUUCAAGGUUGCGGAGGAGUGGGUGUGUGGAGUUAUGGAAGGCCAUGAUUGAGGUCAAUGAAGACAGUGUCUUUGCUGGGAUCCAGAUAGCAGAACCGAUAAAGGCAUCCCCAAUACUAGAUCCUCGAAAUAAGAGGGUUCAGGAUUUGAUCAACAUGUUAAGGGAAGAUCAAGGCUUUCUUGGCGAUGCACUCAGUUCACUGGAAUACGAGGGGUAUCCUAGAUUGAUGGCUGAUGAUAAGGCUGGGAAUUGAGAUUUAUUAAGGAGAAUGGACUCAGAAAAUAUUGAAAUUAACUGAUCAGUUGUACCUAUCCUUUGUUUUCCUGCAAAUAUAGUGAAGUAUCUUUGUUGGUUUUUGAGAUAGCCAAAUUUGGGGUAUUUGUUCUUUCUUUAUUCUUUUCCUGUAGAGUUUGAUAGAUGAUUGGCUAUCUUUGCCUAUUUCUCUACUCCAACCAUGAAGUACUAUUGUAAUGAGUCUUUUGGUUGAAUUUUAGGGAUACUCAAGACUAGACCUUGAGACGUUGCAUUGUACAGCUAAUUGAAUGUAAUUUUAGGUGUGUCUA